AUGGCUGAGUCGCAACACUAUGUAUUUGAGAGUGUUCUUUUGGGUCACCUGCCUGAUGAUGCUCGUAAAGCCUUUUGGAAACAUGUAUCUGGCCUGGAACCAUGGAAACACCACCCAGUUAUCAACCAGGGUAGUUGGGAGAGGCUAGUUGGCAUACAUAUUCACGACGAUGGUUGCGAAUUCUACAAGGAGGACGAAUAUUUCGUUUGGAGCUGGAGUUCUAUAUUCGCAACUGCAGGUUCCAUCAAGGAUGUCCUCAUGUUUCGUUUUCCCAUAGCAGUGAUCCCUGAACGCUGGAUGAGAACUGCAUCUGUUCGUGACGAGGUGCACAAGAAGAUCGCAGAGCUCACAGCUUGGUCCAUGGAGUACGCAGGUCGUGGGACUUGGCCUCAGACAGGCUUUGAAGGGGAAGAAUUCCAUCCAAAAACCACACGGUUCAAACGCAAGGGAAGCGAGUUGGCCAAAGGGUGGAGGGCAUGCCUUUUUGCCUUUAAAGCAGACCUGAAGGCCAGACACCAAAUGCACAAACUGAAGAGGUGGUACAAGUGCAAUGAGUUUUGUGACAGAUGCCUUGCCCUUCAAGGGGAUAAUUGUCCCAGCGAACUGGAUUACAGAAAUGUUGGCCCUUCUGCAGCAUGGAAUCUGACCACAAUCACUGAUGAAACCUACAGAGUUCUUGAUCGAGGGUCACUUUCACCGUGGGCACAAGUACCAGGAUUCCAUUUCCUUACCAUUUCCCAUGACUGGCUACAUCACGUUUACCUUGGCACAGCCAGAGACCUUUGUGCCAGUGGUAUUUUGGUGCUCAUCCAGCAUGGACGAUUCACAGCCGAGGCGCAAGGGGCAAGCGAUAUGGAAGAAAUCCUGGCAAGUGUCCAUGCCAGCAUGCGCAAAACUUGCACAGAACAUGGGCUCUACCUACCAGCCAAACCUUGCCUCACAAGUGCAAAUCUCGGGUUCAAUGAUGGAUUUGCUGAACUUGGGACCCGUUACAAAGCUUCGCAUGUCAAGUUGAUUGUAUGGUGGCUUGCUCGUGAGACCCAACAGUUUGCAGACCAGAACCCACAAGAACCAGUUCUCAACGUGCUGGCAACUUGCUGCUACUCACUGCAAAGGGUGAUAGAGCUGAUGGACACUUCUGGGUUUAUCUUUUCAGUGGCUGAAGCUUCUGAGGCAUGCGAGUCUUUGAAAACCCAUCUGAAAACUUAUAUGUGGCUCGCAUGGUAUUCCUAUUCAAGAUGUUUGCUGCUGUUCAAAGUUCGAUGCAAAACGCAUUACAAUUUCCACGUUGCUGAUGAUAUCAAGGCAACACGCCUGAAUCCAGCUAUGUUCCAAAACUUUGAUGAAGAAAGUUUCUUGGGCAAGUUGAAGCACAUCGGUAUCCGAUGUCACGGUGCUACUUGUGUCCAAAGGAUGUUCAUGAGAUACCUCCUGUGUCUUGCCAUGUUUGUACGAGAAUUUUCAAAGAAAGCAAAUCACAUGGAAUAA